AUGGAUGAUGAUUCAAAAAUAAAAUUAAAUCAAGAUUUUCUAAAAGAAGCGGAAGAAUAUGCUAGAGCCAACAAGCCAAUGAUAGAUUUAUUUGUGCAAUACAGAAAACACUAUAAAUCAGAUUCUGACUGCACUUUUGUUGAUAACUCUGAUUAUCAUUAUAAUUUAUCUUUUCACAAUAUUCAAAGCUCAGAUGAUGAUUGUAUCUCUGAUAAAAUUCAUAAUAUUAUUUUUAAGAAUUCAAAAGAUUCACAUAUGCUGCAUAAAUGUGUUGAUUCAGAAAUCUAUAAAUUUAUUGCUGAAUAUUUUGACUAUGACUGUCCUGCUAUAUGCCCAACAUAUCGUAAAAAAAGAUCUAUUAAUAACGAAGUAGAAGUUGAUGAUUUUCAAUGGCCAUUUUUAGAGCCGCCAAAAAAGCCUAGAACAGUUUUUGAUAAGGGGCCUACUAGAGAAGAAAUUGGUGAAUAUAAUCGGAGAAUUUUUGCUGCGUAUACAGAAUAUUUGAAUUUUGAGAAUAAUGUUAUUUAUUAUGAACAUAAUCCGAACUUUACUGAAGAAGGGGAAGAUGAAGAAUUUUGUCAAUGUUACAAAAACCAUCUUUUUAAAGCCGAAGUCGAGUCGUAUUUGUACAAUGGUUCCGAUUACAUUUUUCAAGAAAAAAGUAUUGUAAGAAUAAGCAGAAAUUUUGACGACGAUUUAAUUUUUUGCCUACAGGGAAACAAGCAUAAAAUUUUGUCUACUUUAGAUACAUUCAAACUUUAUUAUAUUGAAAACGACGGAAAAGUAGAUUUAUUUAAUGUCGAAGACAUGACUAUUUCUCGAUUCUUAUUUUGCAAUGACAAGCAUUGCAAAGACUUUUAUGAAUAUUUUGAUGUUCCGUGUGAGAUAUAA